AUGAACUCUCCAGAUCCACUAUUAUGGGGCGAGCCCGCCGGGUCGUCAGCAGGGUUCUUUACGAGUUCGCCCCGCAGCCGACCACCCACAAACAAACAUGGUUAUUCUCCUGUUCGAACGCAUGAGAAGCAGAAACCCAACUCUUCAUCCCUCGAUUAUGCGCUGCCGCCCAACCCAGCAGACUGGGGCGCACUCUCCCUCUAUCUCACUGACCCGGAGUCGGAUGACUAUCUGCACAACCCUGAUCCUGUUCGGGACUACAAAAACGACUACGGGGCGCGUAUAUGCACCCGCCGCGGCUUGGCCAACCUGGGAUGCAUGAUGAUCGUGCUCUUGGGAUGCUUGCUCCUCUUCGCUGUCUACCCUGUUGUCCUCCACUUCACCAAGAAACCUCUCAGCAACUACAACGCGUUCAACGUCGGCGGCUUGAACGCGUCGGGCCAGAUCCCAAGCAUGCUCGGUAGCUUCGGCCUCAUCGACGUCGACACCCCCAAGAGCGUGUACACGAAACCAUCGUACACAAACCCGAAUGAGGAGAUGGACCUUGUGUUUUCUGAUGAGUUCAAUGUCGGGGGGCGCACUUUCUGGCCUGGAGACGACCCGUACUGGGAAGCGCCGAGUUUACACUAUUGGGCAACAAACGACUUGGAAUGGUACGACCCGGCGGCGGUCACGACCCAAGGAGGUGCCUUGAGAAUCACGCUCUCGGAGGUUGAUCCUGCAAGCAACCAUAACCUGAAGUACCGCUCCGGGAUGUUCUGUUUCACCGGUGGCAUUAUCGAGGCUGCGGUGGUUCUCCCUGGAUCAAGCAACGUCCAUGGUUUAUGGCCAGCCAUCUGGACGAUGGGAAAUCUAGGUCGAGCUGGAUACGGGGCAACUCUCGAUGGCCUGUGGCCUUACUCUUACGACAGCUGUGACGUCGGUACCUUGCCCAACCAGACAUUUCCCGGAACCGCAAAGCCGGAAGCUGCGACGAAGAACGGCGAUCCCGCUCACGGCGGCGUACUGUCUUACCUUCCUGGGCAACGUCUUUCUGCGUGCACUUGUUCAGGCGAGUCACACCCCGGUCCAGUUCACCAGAACGGACAAUCUGUUGGCCGUUCGGCGCCGGAGAUCGAUAUCUUCGAGGCUACAGUCGAUUUUGGUGUGGGCAAGGUCUCGCAAUCAGCUCAAAUCGCACCCUUCAACGAGGGAUAUCGAUUGGCAAACACGUCCGCGAACCUCAAAAUCUACGAUCCUGAGGCCACUCUUCUCAAUCCCUACAUUGGCGGUGCUUACCAACAAACGCUCAGCGGUCUAUCGGUGACGAACCCAGAGUGCUAUGAGUUGAACAAGGGAUGCUACAGCGUCUAUGCUUUUGAGUAUAAGCCUGGAUUUGAUGACGCCUAUAUUACCUGGGUAAACGGGGGCAAACCAGCCUGGACUCUAAUGGCCUCAGCCAUCGGCUCAGAGAAGCAAACCGAGAUUGGAGCUCGAGCAAUUUCACAAGAACCGAUGUACAUCAUCGCGAAUCUCGGAUUUUCGACCAACUUCGGAGGUAUCGACUUCGGCCAUAUUCAGCUCCCUGCAACGAUGCUUAUCGAUUACAUCCGGGUGUAUCAGCCUAAGAACGGACGUAACAUCGGCUGCGACCCACCAGGGUUCCCCACGGCUACGUAUAUCAAAACGUACGCAGAGGCGUACAACAAUCCUAACAUUACUGAAUGGGGUCACCCGAUCUUCAACCAGAGCAUGCCGAAAAAUAGACUCAACGGUGGCUGCUGA